GAUUUACCAUACCAUACCUACUCUUGAGUCGUCUGAUUGUAAGUAGAACGUGAGAUGCGUCUGUUGGAUGAGAAGGAAGAAGUAUUUCUCUUCUGUAUCAGAAUCUCCCUAGAAUACUGGGACGUAGUUAAACAUUAUAACAAUGAUGGUUGGUUAAAGACUCAAAAUAUAGUAUCUUAGGUGCGGGGAUGAAAAAAAAAGAAGAUAGAAGUGUUCUUAGCGUAAUCCGAUCAUAGCCCGAAUCCCCUCUGAUUCGGCCAGACUACAACGUCCUGUAAGGGCAAAGAGCCGGACCGAUAUGGGUGUUACACCCUGUUAGUAGUUGAACCAACUCGGGACCGACCGGGCAUUUUACACACAGCAUCCGCUCUUUCAUUCAUCCCUUUACUUCACUUCACCUCACCACUCCCCUCCCCCUCUCAUCGUCUUUCCUUCUCCGCCAAACCAUGGCCGAAACCCAAGUCCAGGAAGGCAAAGCGCCUUUCAAAAUCCCAUCAAUCGACGAGCCCUGUUUCACUUACUACAAGAUCAUCGGGGACCUCUCAAGCGGCGCCCCCCCAGUCAUCAUAGCCCACGGCGGACCCGGCGCCGGACAUGAGUACCUCCUCCCUUUCGCAGACCUCUGGCAGCAAUACGGUCUCCCAGUCAUCUUCUACGACCAGAUAGGCUGCGCCGCCUCCACGCAUCUCCCGCAAAAAGCCGGCGACCAGUCUUUCUGGCAGGAACAGCUGUUCCAGGACGAGCUAGACAACCUACUAGACCACCUCGACGUGCGUCGCGAUCCCGGCUUCCACCUUCUCGGCCAGAGCUGGGGAGGCAUGCUUGGCGCCGCGUUUGCCGCCCGCCGGCCCCGGGGACUUCGGAGGCUGGUCCUUGCUAGUGCGCUGGCGAGCAAGGAGCUUGCUACUCGCGGCACGCUGCUGCUGAGAGAGCAGAUGCCGCCGGAUAUGCAGAAGGCGCUCGAUGAGGCUGAGCAGAAGGGCGAGUAUGAUAGUCCUGCUUAUAAGGAGGCGUUGGACUUCUACUAUAGGAAGCACGUGUGUCGUGCUGACCCGUUUCCGCCGGCGGAGCUGCUGCCGGCUUUGAAGCAUCUGAGCGAGGAUACGACGGUGUAUCGGACAAUGAACGGCCCCUCGCCUCUAACGGCAGACGGUUCUCUAAAUAACUGGACCGUCAUCCCCCGCCUCCCCAAAAUUACUUCUCCAACCCUCGUCUACAACGGCGAGUACGACACCUCGCACGACAUCGCCCAAGUCCCGUUUUUCGAACUCGUCCCACGCGUUCGCUGGAUCACGUUUCCGGGCGGCGGCCACAUGUGCCAUCUGGAAGGCGGAGGGCUGCGAGAGAGGAUUCUAAAGGUCGUUGGCGAGUUUCUCACGCAUAAGGACAUUCCCGAGGCGCAAUGAUGCGAUGUGACUCUGGAAUUAAUAAUAGUUUUUCGAAGCGCUAUCUACCCAAGGUAGGUAGAUUUAUUGCUUAUUUACGCAUCCUUAGCUUUUAACCAAUAAAAUUGGAUUUAAAACCAACGCCUCC